AUGGCACGACAAAGACAGCAGCUCGUGAAAGCUGCCAUUGUGCUGCUAGCACUGUGCGUUACACUCGCGGUGGCGAAGAAGGAUGAGAUCGCGGUGGAAGCAUUGAGCACUCAGGAGAUUGAAGAGCAGCUCCAGCAGGAGUGCUCUAUUAUCCAAAAGCUGACGGCCUACACCCAUGCCCACACCCCCACCUCACUAUCGCCGCUCCAGCGCGCCUUCAGCCUGCUCUUCCCCUUCACCUCCCCUGCCCUCAACAGCCUGAUGGCAACCCUCUACAUCUCCGGCCCACCAAAUUUCCUCCUCGCUCUGUGUCCAACGGACAUUGACCCCAGCUCAUUGAACAUCAUGGUCGCCUUCGCCGUGGGUGGCCUGCUUGGCGACGUCUUCUUCCAUCUGAUGCCGGAGAUUUUCCUCGGCGAGGUGCCGGAGGGAACAGUACGGGCAGUAUUGGUCGAGCCGAACAAGAAUUUGUUACUGGGACUCGCGAUCAUGGUCGGGUUCGUGACAUUUGUCGCAAUGGACAAGGGAUUGAGAAUUGCCACUGGUGGGGAGGGUCACACGCACGAUCACGGAGAGAGGAAGGAUGCGAACGGUCACGUUGAGUCCGACAAGGCCACGACCACGGGUGUUGCGAAGAACGAUGCCGCUCUUAAACAGCGCAAGAAGGGUGCAAAGACCGAGACCAGUGUGGCCCUGACGAAGAAUGCAGCCGAAACGAAACCCCCCAUCAAACUCUCGGCAUACCUCAACAUUGUCGCGGACUUUACGCACAACAUCACCGACGGACUGGCAUUGUCUUCGUCCUUCUACGCCUCGUCGAGCAUUGGUGCGACGACUACGCUCGCGGUGUUCUGUCAUGAAAUUCCCCACGAGGUUGGAGACUUCGCUUUGCUGAUUCAAGGAGGAAUGAGUAAGAAGAUGGCCAUGGGCCUGCAAUUCGUCACCGCCCUCGGUGCCGUCCUCGGCACGAUUAUCGGAAUUGCUGUCCAAGAACUUGGUGGAAGUGGUACUCUCGAGGGCGUGGUAGGGGCGGGUAACCAGGGUUUGGUCGGCACGAGUCUAAGCUGGGGCGAUGUAUUGCUGCCCUUCACCGCCGGAACGUUCUUGUAUGUCGGCACCGUAGGCGUCAUUCCCGAGAUGCUGGAGACGGGGCCAAAUCGAUGGAAAGAAUUGAGGAGUACUGGCUUGCAAUUCCUCGCCAUGGCGGCUGGUGCUGGUAUUAUGUUGGGGUAA